UUGAGCGCUCAUGAAGAGAGGAAGAGGCGAAACAAGAGGGAUAACUGCCCAAAAGCUGUCUUCUCCAGCAGGUCUACCAUGGAGGGCUUUAUGGAUAUCAAUGAGAUCCAUGACAUUACUGGCACUGAUACAGAGGAGCACAGAAUAGAUGCAGAGCGGGUGGAGGGGGCCGAGAGGAGUGCUAGGCCGACCAUCAGCGAGUUCAAAAAGACCUGGGGCUUCAGGCGGACCACGGUUGCCAGAAGAGAGUUUGUGGGAUUGGAUGAGAUUGAAGAUCCAGAAUCUCCACCCCUACCCACACGUCGGGGCAGAGGCCGCCCAGCCAAGACCUAUUCAAGACGUGGGCGAGGGGGGAGAAGAAGCGUCCCAGCCGACCUGGAGUACUCUGGAACGGCCUCCCCAAUUCCAAUGGACACAGAGCCUUCCUCAGAUACCCAAGAGCCCUGCCCAGGUGGCAGCUUAGAUCCCACCUCUUGGCAGGACUUUGGAUCUGCAUUUGGCACUGCUUUUUCUCUACUUGGGGAGAAGGAGGAGGACUACAUGCCCAUGACUGCUCCUGCCCAAACUAUGGCUGCCCCUAGCUAUGGGGCUAGUAGGGUCGUGGAAGUUGCCUCCAGUAUUGAGGAGGACAGUGAUGAGCUGACCCUGAAGCAGCUCCAGGAGCGGCUGAGCACUAGGGGGAGAGGGGAGUCCAGGGGAGGGGGUCAGAGGGAGGGGGAGGGGAAGAGGGAGAGGGAGAGGUAG